GGGAUAUUUCAUUGUACUAAAUGCUUAGGCAGUUAUUUGAAAAUAACCCCAUGGUUUAGGGUUAAUCUCGUCGGGUCCUCCAAGAAGAACCCGGAAACACAACAUAACAGCAGAAAGUCUUCAUUUCGCCGGUCAUUGAUUGAAAGGGGCUCUCACAAUGCCUGACCUUUGGCAGGAUGCUAUGGACCAUGCCGUGACUGUGGCCAGGAAAUCAGGAGAGAUUGUGAGGAAUGCUUUGCAGAAUGACCUAAAGAUCAUGUGUAAAAGCUCUUCUGUUGACCUGGUCACUAAAACAGACCAGAAUGUGGAGCAACUUAUUAUUACGUCAGUGAAGGAGAAGUUUCCUGGACACAGUUUCAUUGGUGAAGAGUCAGUGGCUGCAGGAGAACCUUGUGUUUUGACUGAAAACCCAACAUGGAUUAUUGACCCUGUGGAUGGGACCACUAACUUUGUGCAUGGAUAUCCAUUUGUUGCUAUAUGCAUUGGCUUUGCUGUCAACAAAACGUUAGAGUUUGGUGUGGUUUAUAGCUGCAUAGAAGACAAGAUGUACACUGCUCGAAAAGGGAAGGGUGCUUUUUGCAAUGGACAGCCGCUGCAAGUGUCGGACCAAAAAGAGAUUAACCAGUCAAUCAUCGCUACAGAGUUUGGCUCUAAUAGAGAUCCUGAAAUUGUUGAUAAGAUUUUCUCUAGUAUGAGGAAGAUCUUGUGUCUGCCAGUUCAUGGGAUACGUGGUGUUGGAUCUGCUGCCAUCAACAUGUGCUUGGUUGCAUCUGGUUGUGUAGAGGCCUAUUAUGAGAUUGGGAUCCACUGUUGGGAUGUAGCAGCUGCGGCAGUCAUAGUCUCAGAGGCAGGAGGAGUUCUCAUGGAUGUUGAAGGUGGACCGAUGGACCUGAUGUCUAGAAGAGUUGUUGCAGCAAAUAACAACAUAAUUGGAGAGAGAAUCAUAAAAGAGAUUGAGGCAUUUUCAGCUGUUAGAGAUGACGCACCGGUGGACCCUAGUAUAAAAUAAAAUUUAUUUUUAAGAAGGCUCCUGUGCUAUUGAAGUAUGAUAUUAUUUGUACAUUUUAAAUUCAGCACACUUUAUCAUCUUCUGUAUGUUGCGUAAAUGAUUUUUGUCUCACAAUGGUGAAAAAUGUAUUGUUUAAAGCUAUGUGCAAAUGUUUGAUUAUAAACGUAUAUAGCUAUUGAAUGUGGAAUUCAUUGCCAUUAAAUAUCUUUUACUUGUAUAUUUUAUAUACCAGUUCAAUAAACAGUAAGUUAAUGAGUAA